UUUAAUAGUUUAAUUUCUUCGGGUUUAUUUUUUAAUUUUUUCAAGAGAACAUUUUAUAAAAGUUUUCUAAUUAAUUUUAUUUAUCUUCUUAAAAUUGUGUAAUAAAAUUGUUAAAAAACAUUUAACAAAAGUAUUUUAGUUUUGAACAGUGUAUGUGAUAAUUUACUUUAAAACGUUGACAAUGAUGCUGGGAAUGAUGUGGCACGUAGUGAUGAAACAAAAUUUAAAAGUUUCUACAACUAUUUACUUUUAAAACAAAAGAACAAAAACUAAAAUUACACAUAAACAUACACCCCCUCUUAGAGUUUUAAAAACCUGCUACACAAUUUUACAACUAACUACUACUUACUUCCACUACCACUACUGCUAACACACUCAAACAGACGGAAAGGAAAAGAAGAAUUCACCCCUAAAGCCUUAAAGCAUAAGUUCGCGCUAAACACUCAUACCAACAACUAAAGUUAAUGCUACUGCUACUACUACAACUUCAACUACAUAAAGGAAACUACCACAGAAGCAUAGCAAGCAGCCCAAGAAGCUAAAAAAAACGUGUAAAGAAAAAAAGUGAAAAAAUACAAAACGUUUUAUGUUUAUGAUAGAGAGUCAUAAGUAUUUGUCAGCAUGUGCAAAAGUGUAUGUGUCUAAGACUGUGAGUUUUUUUGUGACUGAAUGACAGAGUGCUGUUGGUUAGAGAGGAAAGGAAACGAAAACAAAAACUUAUGGCGCCGUUAAGUAAAUAAAAAAUGCAACUCUGUAUAUUACACACAUUGAUUGCUCCUGCUGUUGUGGUUGUUCUACAUCCUGUUCUUGCUAUUGUUGUUUUUUCUGAUUAUUAUAGACGGGCUUUAAAGAGUGAUUGUUAGAAAGAUGUUGACGACAAUGACACUGAUGAAGGUACUGUUGUUGUUGUUGGUUACAAGUGAUAAAAUAAUUUGACUCUCUAUCAAGUGUUUUCUUCUAUGUGUGUGUUUGAAAAUAUCCUAAAGAGACGUGAGCUUAUUAUUAUAAAAAAUAACAACUAUUAAGAGACAAAAAAACUAUUAAAAUUAUGAACAAAUAUUUAAACUUAUGGCCACUUGUAUAAAAAUGUUAGUGUAUUGUGUCAAUUCUCAGACAAUGCACUUUAAAAACACAAACAACCAUUUAGCUGCUCAACUUAUAAAAACAUAAUAAUAUUUGAAACUUUCUUCUUAAGAAAACCAAAAAGAAAAACAAAUCUUUAAGGCUGCUGCAACACCUUAAAUAAAAGUUUUUUUUUAAUAGCAAGAGAUAAAAAAGAAGAAAAGUAAGAAAACAAAAAUUAAAAAAAACCCACCCCUUUCAUUAAAAUAGCACUUAGUUUUAAAAAUUUAUAACAAAUAAAAAAAAAUAAAAGUAAAUUAACACUCUACUACUAAUACUGCUACUAUUACUAAUACUACGUCUAUAAAAACAAAUUUCAACUACUUGCAACAGGACUCUAUAACAAAAAUAAAUUCAUUAUUUCAACAAAAGAAAAACAACAACCAACAAAAAAAAAAACGUUAGUUGUUAGUGUCUGCUUCCAAAAACCAAAACGUGUUCAAAAAAAAACAUCACACCUACUUAGGCAACGGAACUGAAAACCAAGAAAAUUAACAAACAACUACCAAAAAAUAAAAUUUCAUCAUUACAAAUACAACCACCAAAGAAUUAAACAAAAAAUCAAAAAAAAAAAAAAAAUAUAUAAAUUUAUUACCAAACUGUGCAAAAGUGUUUCAUCAAAAUUCAUAUAGUGAAAUAAAAAUAAAAUAAUUCAAAUCAAAUCGUUUUAUACAUUGCUCUCUAUUGUUGUUGUUGUUGUUUGUUGGAGCUGUGUUAUAAAUUCAACGUCGCAAUGCAAAUAACUGUCCCUUUUAGGGCUCUGGUGAUUGCCCAUUUAUUCUACUGUGUAGCACCAGCUGGAGAAGCCGACUAUACGCUGGACGAUUCAUUUUGGAAUGAAGAAAGUCCUGUUGGUGAAGUCGAACGUUUACUUAAGGAAUAUCGUCAAAAUCAAGAAUUGGUACGCCGUAUCGGUGGCCAUUAUUAUCAAAUUAUAUAUCCGGUACAGCUGAGACAUCACGAAAAGAUGGGCAUUUCGACGCGUGAAGUUAGUGCACCAAAGGUACGCAAUCGUUUACGUUAUAAACGAAAUUUAAACAAUUAUACAAUGCCGGGUCAGCGACCACGACCACACGAUGAUGGAGGCUUCAGUAGAGGCAGAACAAAGAAACACUUUCAUCGAACCUCAUUGUUAAUUAAGGCUUUUAAUCAUAAGUUUCGUUUAGAUCUGGAAUUAAAUUCACAACUUUUAUCACCGAAUUUAAUACAGAAACAUUAUCAUUCUAGUGGCUAUUUAGUAGAUGGCAAUCGUCAUGAUAUUGAACAUUGUUAUUAUCAUGGUACUGUUAAAGAUUAUCCAGGUGCUAGUGCGGCAUUUCAUACGUGCAACGGUGUUAGUGGGGUCAUACACAUAGGAAAUGAAACAUUUGUGAUACAUCCCUUUUAUGGCGGUGAUCUAUCGAAGCAUCCGCAUGUCAUAUUUGAGGCACGCACAAAAGCCAAUAAGGGUUGUGCCAAUUCAGGCAAUCUGGAUUCAUGGCGUCUCUCACGCCGCACAAAACAUCUAUCAGCUGGUAUUAUUGAUGAGGUACAUCCAAAUGGUGCCGGUCGCUAUAAACGUGAUGUCCGCGAGGCCACCAAAUACAUAGAAACUGCCAUAAUUGUAGACAAAGCCAUGUUCGAUAAACGUAAUGGUAGCACCCGAGCGGAGGUGAUACAUGAUGCCAUACAAGUGGCCAACAUAGCCGAUUUGUACUUUCGCACCAUGAAUACACGAGUGUCGGUAGUGUAUAUAGAGACAUGGGGUAAAAAUCAAGCUGUCAUUGAUGGCAGCAAGGAUAUUAGUAAAGCCAUAUCAAAUUUUAAUGAUUAUACAUCUAGAAAUCUUUUUCAAGUGGAACGUGAUACAACACAAUUGUUAACAGGUGAAACAUUUGCCGGUGGUGAGGCUGGUAUGGCUGUACCAGAUACCGUGUGUACGCCACGUGCUGUUGGCAUCAGUGUAGACAUAAAUGUCUAUGAACCUCAUUUAUUGGCCGGUACAAUGGCCCACAUGAUUGGCCACAAUAUUGGCAUGGGCCACGAUGAUGGACGUGAGGAAUGUUUCUGUCGUGAUUGGCAUGGUUGCAUAAUGGCUCAAUCCAUUGUUGGCCAAGAGAAUGUACAGCCUUAUAAAUUCUCUGAAUGCAGUAAAAAGGAUUAUAUCGAUGCAUUGCGUACGGGUCAUGGCUUGUGUUUGCUCAACAAACCAAAUGAGAUCGAAAUGCGUCGCAAUUGUGGCAAUAAAAUUGUUGAAGAAGAUGAAGAAUGUGACUGUGGCACCUUUGAGGAGUGUGCCUUGGAUCCGUGUUGUGAUGGUAUAACAUGCAAACUGAAGUCGGAAGCACAGUGUGCUACGGGUGCAUGUUGUGACCAAUGUCGCUUACGUUCCAAGGAUCAUAUCUGCCGUGACUCACAUAAUGAAUGUGAUUUACCCGAAUAUUGUGAUGGUGAUAGUGGCGAAUGUCCCAUGGAUGUUUUCAAGAAAAAUGGUUCACCUUGCGGCCAUUCAAAAUCCGGAGUAUCAGGCUAUUGUUUUCAAGGCGACUGUCCCACAUUAAAUUUACAAUGUGAAGCUAUUUGGGGUUAUGGUGGUGUGGCAGCCGAUAAAGAGUGUUUCGAACAAUUCAAUUCGAAAGGUUCCAUUAAUGGUCACUGUGGUCGUGAUGGCAAAGACAAUUUCGUUAAGUGUGAAGCUGAAAAUGUUCAAUGUGGUACUUUGCAGUGCAAGGAGGGUGAACGUCAACCCGUUAACGAGGGUGAUUUAUAUUCAAGAACCAUUAUUUCAAUUAAGGGUUUGGAAUAUGAGUGCAAAGCCACCAGCGGCCAACUCAAUGCCAAUGAGUAUCCCGAUCAUGGUCUAGUUAAGGAUGGCACUCCAUGCGGUGACAAUUUGAUUUGUUUAAAUCAAACUUGUGUUAGUAUUUUUCCUCAUGUGGAUCAAACCAAGUGUCCAACAAAUAAACAGGGUCAAGAAUGCUCAGAAAGAGGGGUUUGUACGAAUACGAAUAAAUGUUUUUGCGACAUGGGAUGGGGAGGUAUUGAUUGCAGUUUAAUUGUUUUAUUAACUACACCACUGCCAACUGAAGCUCUGCCAACACCAGAAAAUACAAUCAAAAUGGAAAAGAAGGAAACGCCGUAUGAGAACUACCAUGGCUCAAAUACAGUAUUUUUAGUUGGUGUACUAAUGUCAGUUGUUGGGUUCGUUUUUGUAACAUUCACCUUGAUGGCACUGUGCUACAGGUCAGUUGUAGUACAUAGAAACUUCUCCCUGUGUCUGAGGCGCAAGACCACCACCCUCAAAUACGAUCCACCCUAUACAAAAAAGCCAAUGGCGAAGGCUUAUGGGGCUGCAGUCAAUGCCGCAAAUCAUCAUUCUGUGGAAGAGGUUUCACCAGAUGGUUCCAAUAAAUUAGUUUAUGCCAAUCAACCAGGUUUCAGUCGUGAUAAAAGUAUUCACAGUCGCCGUUAUACCGGCAGUGAUGAUGAUCAAACGCAUUCAGAAAAAGGUAUUUUAAAGAAACACGGUUACGGUCUUGUACAUGGUGUACAUGAUGAUGGUCAAUCCGAUAAUUUAGAAUUAAUCACACAAGACGGUACUUUGGCAUCGUCGAGCGGUGCUGCAGUAUCGGAAGUCGAACGCACUUUAAAAUCCCUCAACGGUUAUCAUGAAGAUAUUUUGGAGGCUCUACGCAAUGCGGCCUCACAUCGCGGCACUGGCACUGGCAACACACCCGUUGGCAGUGGCAGUCUCAGUGAGGAAAUGUUACGCAAAACCCUACAGGAAUGCGCUUCAGCUCAACUAGGCUAUACAACAGAACCCUAUAAACGUUCGAGUGGUUCGAAGACUAGUUCUCGAGAGAAUAUAUGCGAUCAGGGGCCACCACACGCCCUGCUGGUCGAAACAUCCAGCAUGGGUGGUCCUCACGGUGGACCCAUUAUGCAUCAUCACCGCUCACAGCAUCAGUUGCAUCAGCCACUGAUGCAACAGCAACCGCCACCCGAUGAGGAGGAUGCUCCCGCUACCGGGCCCUUACGCAUACGUAAUCUUGAGGAUCUUAUCAGACAACUCGAACAUCAUUCGUCGAGACACAUGAGUCCCAGUGGCUCAGAGGACAUACGAAUUUCUGAAACAGAAGGCGAUCGUCAUUAUAGAUUAGAUAGUUCUGCUGCUUGUAGUGAAUCCUCGCAAGGAUCAAAUCAACAAUUAGCACAAUCGCAAAAAACUGCAACAAUACAUCCGUCUUACAGCAGUCGUUGUCGACCGCGUGCCGAUGAAGAGUCACGUUUCUCCUAUGGAAGGUACAGACAUCCCACUACAACCAGUAGACAUCCAUCACAUCAAUCACAUUCACCUCAUGCUUUUGGCCAUCAUGCACAUCAUUCGCAUGCUCAUGGUCAUGCAACACACGGUCCACACUCAUCGCAUCAUUCAUCGCAUACACAUUUGCAUCAGGACGACGAUGGCAUCUAUGAGAGUGCCGAUCAUCAUGAUCGACAAAUGGUAGAUACGCGUCUUGACCCACGGGAAGUUCCCGAUAGUGAGAGUGAUGACUUUAUUCAAGCUCAACAACAGUUAGCCCGAUGGGCGAGUGAGGAUGUGGUAUCCGUCGUGGUAAUGGAACAGCCGCUCCCCGGUACAACAUCGGAUUCCCAACAAUCCAGCGGCGGGGGCGGACACACGUCGGGAGCGGCAUCAACGAAUACCGUUAUCCACCACCAGCAUCCGCACCAGCACCACGGCGAUCAUCCAUCCUCGGCACAAGCCACAUCAACUUCAACGGUGUCGGCGGCAGCAGCGGCGGCGGGUACAAUCAAUGCUCAUAUGAAUAUGGGGGCCGUUCCAAAUGGCAUCGCUGUAAAUCAGAGGGACUAUUACCCCUCACCUCCCUCCACGGAGACGGAAAGCAGUGGAAGUGUUAUCCAGCCGCUCAACCGACGUUACACUAUUCAGGGCGAUACAAGUCAACAGCAGCUGCAAUUGCAUCAGCUACACCAACAUCAGCAUCAAUCCCAUCAACAGCAGCAGCAACAACACCAAAUGCAGCAACAGCAGCAGCUUCAAAUGCAAGGCGACACCACCACCAGCAGCAGCAACAACAGUCAAUCCGGUCAAAUCAUGGAGAAUGGACGUUAUCCGGAAUAUAAGCACUGAUAGUAUAAUAUUAACUCCAUCCCUACGAACACUACCAUUAAUAGCAUGAUCACUACCAACUACAUCACUACCACCACCACAACUUCUACUACCACUACCAACACCACUCCAGUAAUGACUUUGAAUAACAGCUACAGCAACAACAUCACUGCUAUGCCACCAACGACAAGCCUUUCGCAGCAACAUUCACCCCACUGUUACGCCCAUCAGCUACAAGCGUAUCAUUGAGUUGAAACAAACUAAAAAACAAAAUGUGAUCCAACAUUUCAUACACUCGUAAUAAAAAAGUAACAUUUCAACUAGUUACACUGCGACAAAUAAUAUAUAUUUCAAACAUGUCUUAGACACAGCGAAACCAACAUUUGUUCUAAUACCACUUUUGUGAGUAGAUUUAAACAAGUUGUUUUCUCACUGUGUUUUUAUAGAUCUGCCCGAUUUAGCGGUGAUGUUUUGGAAACUCUCUACUGCUCUCGCGCUCUCUCUCUAUCUAUCUCUCCAUCACACUAACUGUCCUAACUUAUCCCUCUCACAUCACUGAAUCAUUAUUAUUUUGUAUUAAAAUAACAAAAUUCACAAAAUCAGAGAUUCUUUUUUAUAUUCUAAAAUUAAAUUAAAUUAGUUAUACAUAUUAAGAUAACAAAAACAAAAUAAAAACCAUAAAAAUAAUUAAUUAAGUCAACAGAAAAAAAUUAAAAAAAAAAACAAAAAAUAUAUUGUGAUUUUAUACAAAGUAGUCGAUAUUUUAGUUUUAAAUAAAACCCAAAAAAAAAAUAAUUAGAACAAAUUUAACGAAUUGAUAACUGGCAAAAACCAAACACAAUAUUAUGAAUUUUUGAUAAAAACAUAAAUAAAUUGAAAAUUAAAAAAAGAAACACACAAACACAUUAAAAAAAUCUAAAAAUCCACACCCCACAAUUACUUUAGGUUAGUCAAUAAAUAAUUAAAUUGCAAAGAAAGAAAACCCCCAAAAAAAUAAUAGAAUUUAAAUAAAUUUUAGUAAAUAUUGUAAAUAUUAGUUACAAAAAUACAACAGAAACAAACACUAAUGAAUUUGUAUAUAUUUAGAAAAAAUAAAAUUAGAAUAUAAAUAGUUUUUAUGAAUUGAUAUUAAAAAAAAAUUGAUUAGAAAUAAAAAUCAAUGCCUGCAUAUUUAGUUUAAAUUUAAUUCUUAAGGUUAUCGAACUAAAUUCCACAUUAUUCAAAUUGACUUUAUUUAGAAGGAGAAAAAAACAAUUUUAUGGUGUAAAACAACUGAAUUUAUUUUCUAUAAAAAAAUUUAAGAAGACUUAUUUAUACCUAGUUGAGGAAAUUUAAAUUAAAUAAAUUUUUAGAUAACAGAAAUUUAUUAAAAGUCAUGAAGCUAAAAUAUGCUUUAUUGAUUUAAUAAAUAUUGACUCCAAAUUCGCUCAUCUGCAAUAAUAUAUGUACGUCUCCUUAUUUUCUUAUGAAUCUUUUAACAUUUUAUUAAACAAAUAUUGCUCUAGAUUUUCAAGUACCUUAUUCCAUUUUUUUAAUAACAAUUAAUUCACAUACAAUUUGUGUACGCAUUCAUAUUUUUCUAAAUAGUUACAGUUUUCGAAGAAAUGAUUUUUAAAGAACCCGAUUUUGUUAAAAAAACGUAGUUAAGUUC